CUGUGGAGGGUCAAAUCUCGCGCGCUGUUGUGUGCGGAAGUGCAGUUGAUUCUGAUACUAACAGCUGGAUACGCUUCGUGCCAGAAUCACAGAAGCGGAAAAUAGAGGGGAAUUAAAGGACCAGAAGUUUACAGAGAUGGACGGCAACUUGACGUUGAAUUUGGCCAACUUCAGCACUCUGUUUGUGUGUAUGGUGCUGAAGUUCCCGCAGAUAUUCGUGCUGAUGCGGGCCAGAACGAGCGCUGGAGUCAGUUUGAACAGUCUUCUGCUGGAGCUGGUCGGUUUUCUAGUGUUCAUGUCCUAUCAGAUGUACUAUGACUACCCACCCCUCACAUACCUGGAGUAUCCCAUCCUCAUUGCACAAGAUGUCAUUGUGCUCCUGUUGAUCCUGCACUACAACAGAAACCUGAAGCACAGCCUCAUAUACGCAGCACUGUUUGUCGGUGGAUGGCAACUUCUUACAGUACAGAAGUGGGUGAUUGAUCUGGCCAUGAGUCUGUGCACAUUCAUCAGCGCCAGCAGUAAACUGGCACAGCUUCAGUGUCUGUGGCGCUCAAAGGACUCUGGGCAGGUUAGCACUCUCACCUGGGGUCUGGCCACAUACACAUGCAUGGCGCGGAUCUUCACCACCGUCAUCACCACAGCAGACACACAAGUCCUCAUUCGGUUCGUCGUCAUGACCGUUCUGAACAUGUGGGUCACGGUUACGGUCAUCUACUACAAGCCCCAUGCUAUAAAACAGGAUUAAGACUUCGCACUUUUUUGUUACAUACCAUUUUUAAAGAAAUGAACUGUAUUCAGAUCAGUUGCUAUUGGAUGUAGCACUAUAUGGCAAUGCAAAGGAUGUUGAUUUACUGACUGGGCAAGUAUCUACUACAACCAAAAACACAAUGCUUUUCAUAUGAUUUAAUUAGUGCUUGCAAGGCACCAUUCAUACUUUUUUGUAGAGAAUUUUAAUCGAAGGUGAAUCUGAUCUAUUUUUGUAAAUUUAAUACUUAAGAAAUGAUUACAUUUUGAAAAUAUCCAAUUCUAAAUACAACAGUGAUGAUGAUAUUUGCAUAUUGAAUUGCAAUUUCUUUUUUCAUAAAUCUAUUUGAAUAAUGAACUGCAACUGUCUUUUUUUUUUUUGUAUUUUUCUGCCUUGCAAGCACUGGUAUUUUCUUCAGGACAUGCAAGUCUAGUUUGUUUUGAGAUGUGGCUGGGGCAGAGAAAUUUUCUUUUCAGUUUAUUUGCUUUGAAUCUCGGAUGUGAAUGUUGUGGAAAUCAAAUUGAUUAAUUACAUUUGUCACGUCAGAAGUCGGACCAAAUAGUGAUGAAACGGUGCAUACGUUCCUAAUACCCUAUCCUGAUUCUUCCAUUGUUAAUACUACUAUUUCCAGUGAGGUUUCUUCCCUGAACUGUUGUUUCAAGCUUUUGUACAGAUAUACUGUUAUGGAUUUUAAGUUAGAAGUUUAGUAAUUGUCUUUUUUCUUCUCACAAAGGCAAAUCAUUUGGGACCAAUUUUCUUCUGAAGAACUGUUAAAAUUGAUUAAUGAUAUCAGGUUUCUGAUCAGACUGUUUACUGUAGUUCAAAAAGGGAUGAUGUUUACAUAUGCUGAAAUAUGCAAUGUUUUGUAUUGAGCUGUAUGAUAUGCUGAUAUAAUGAAGGCAGGGUUUUCCGGACACCUUUUACAUAUUACUGAUGUUGUGAUGAGCCUAUUCACUUUAUAAUAUUUAAUUGAAGAUUCUUUGCAAAAUUGAUUAAUGGUGUACUCGCUCAUUGUAUCAUUUUUGUAUAUUUUGAACAAAAAGUUAUGGACCGCA